GGAUCAGGGCAAUUCGCGGCUGUUGUGCUGAAUACAACUUCGUCUAUGCAGGAAGCGACGAGUCUGAAGCCUCGCGAUGUUUGAGUGGCAGCUGUUCCCAUUUUUCGGUGCCAGUUCACCGUUCCUCAGCUGCAGAAGCCUUGCGCCCUGAAUAGUGUUCUUGAGGAACCCUUCUCCUCACCUGUCCUUUCCUGUCAUGGGGAAGAUCGGGCUGCAGUUCAAGGCCACUUUGGAAAACAUUACCAACCUCAGGCCUGUCGGGGAGGACUUUCGGUGGUACCUCAAGCUGAAAUGUGGGAACUGUGGUGAAGUUUCAGAAAAAUGGCAAUAUCUACGACUAAUGGACAGCCAUCCUCUCAAAGGAGGCCGGGGGAGUGCCACAAUGGUGCAGAAAUGCAAGCUGUGUUCCCGAGAAAACUCCAUAGAUAUUUUGAGUCAUACAAUGAAACCUUACAAUGCUGAAGAUAAUGAGACAUUUAAGACGAUAGUGGAGUUUGAAUGCCGUGGCCUUGAACCAGUUGACUUUCAACCACAGGCUGGUUUUGCUGCCAAUGGUGCAGAGUCUGGCACAUCUUUCAGCGACAUCAACUUGUUGGAGAAGGAUUGGAAUGAGUAUGAUGAAAAGAUAAAGGAAUCAGUUGGCAUCUAUGAAGUUACGCAUAGGUUUGUGAAAUGCUGAAACGUUUUGUUUUGUAAGAAAUCAUUUUCUGUAUCGCCAUGUUGUUCAAUUUGUUUGUGUGCAAUCUGCAAUAAAGUCCUAUACUUUCUACUUCACAGAAAGGUGUGGAUACAUAGAAAGGAUCACUACAUUUUAAUUGAUGUAUAUAGCAGUACGGUUGGGGCAGAAAAUCCUUACCUCUUGUAAUAGCUGUCUCAUUGACAUGAAAUCAUAUCAUAAGCCUAAGUUCUUGUCAUCUUUUACAUUAACACAAAAAAUAUAACAUAUUGUCAGCAUAUUUGACAUUUUAAGUGUGUGCUUUCUUUUUCUUGAAGGUAAUGGAUUUUAAAAGUGUUUCAGAGAAACAUAAAGCUGUGUAAAUAGCAUUACACUUUUGAUUAAAGUAUUUUGACAGUUAA